AUGAAGACGCCUGGAAGAAGGGGCUCGAAACGGUCUGCCUUGACCCCGCUUCAUGGCAACCUCAUCCGAUCUUCGUCCAAGAGGCGUCCGUCAUUGCCGUCAUUUUUAGCCAAGACGCCCAAGCUUCGGUUCAAACCAACAGUGGAAAAGAGCUCCGAAAGAAGUAUCAGUUGGGCGCUUCCAUGGAAUGCUGAUACAAAGACACCUCAAGUGAGCAAUCGCACUGCAGCAGCACCGAACGACCACCGCAUGCCUCCGAACCAGUAUCCAUCGAACUGGAAGGAGUCGACCCAUACACUUGAAGAACAACAAUCGAAUCACUUGACAGAUCGUACAGGCUACAAGGAGCGUCGAGUCGGCCUUGUGGGUCAAUCCAAGAAAUCGCGCUUGAAUGACGACGGCUCUGACAUGGACCUUGAUUCGGAUACAACCAGUGCAGGGAAGGCCUUGGACGAUGAUGCGAGAGGAAAUCCUCUUGGGAAUGAGUGGAAAGCCAAUGAGAAGCUCUCGUCAAAUGACCAGCGUUCCAAGAUGCCAAUGCGACAAGUGGCAGCACAGCAAAAUAGAGUGGCUUUGGGUGGGCGGCCGAGUGAAACAACAGGUCAUCACAACCCGACACUGCGACGAAGAGCAAACAUUUCUCAGCACACAGCAUAUUCGGACAAGUACCGUGGCACUCACUUGCUCAGCAAACCUUCUCCUGAUGACAAAGCAGCAUUCUAUGGAGCAAGUGGUAGACCGAAAAUGGAACCACUCAAUGGCCUUGAGAUUGGCGGUCGUCGCACGCAGCUUGUGGCAUCUCUUGACGAAGAUGAUGUAACCCUGGACAGUCUCUUGUCUGGGUCAUCAUCAGAGUCCGAGACAGAGGAAAACUCUUUUGACUAUCAUUUUACAAAGGACUUGUACGAUUUGGGCAGUGGCAGUGAAGCAAGCUCCGAUAGCAAUGGCAGCGUUUUGACCAAUCAUGCGGUCCAACAAAACCCUGUUCAUCAUGUAGAUGGGAGCCAACACAAGCCAGGAAUCCGGGCAGUGGAACAGGAUUCCCUUGAGAUAUGGACGCAACCAGACGACGAAGCAAGCACUACCUCCAUGGAAUUCAGCUUUGAAAUGAAUGGGAGAAGCUACCUGCAUCCUCCUCUGCCUUCUGGAUGGACCUUGCGAGUCUCCAAGGAUCUCAACCGUCCGUUCUACUGUCACCCCGAGCGUGAACCCACUUUUUACUGCCCAGUGAUUCUGCCGCGGAGACCACAAGUGGGUCAAACCAAUCCUGGAGCACAAGUAGUGCCUCCGGUUGUCAGAGCAGGCAACCCCGACAUUGCUUCCUUCUCACGGAAUCAAUACGACGAACACUUCAUCGAUGCAGUGCUGGGGAAGCCUACUAGGAAGGUGGCUACAGCCUCUUUGGGUUCCCACCACAAUCGCAGCCACAGCCUGGCAUCAUCGAAUGAUACACGGCGGAAAUCGCAAAGACCAAAGGCACUCAAGCAUCCAUGCGCAACAGGGACAGUGAGUCCGGCACCUAGACACCCAGUGAGGAUGAGUGAAGGUACUGCUAGUCUGGCAUCACCGUCCCUAUUGAAGAUGAAGAAAUUCCCUUGGCAUGGCGAUGACGACGAUGACGACAUCUUGGCGUCCCCUCCACUUUCUCAAGUACACAUACCGGAGUGUUUCCGGUUGCCACUGGUUUUUGAUCUUCUAGGCCAAACUGAUGAGCAUACCGGUAGGCCCCCCUCCGCGCCCACUGCAGGCACUGAUAACCAUGAGGAAUCUCCCCAUACAACCAGGAAGCAAACCCAGGAUGAGUCUCCUGGUGGCGACAUGGACCUUUCAUCGGAGACCUCCGAAAGCAAUCAAUCUGCCAAACCGCGUGGUGCCAGCUCAAGCAACAACACAGAAGCGGCAGAGCCUGCUGAAUCCACCAAGGCAGAACCAAGAAAUGAGCAGGGGGGCAAAGCGAACGCCAAUGCUGACGAUGCAUCAGGAGAGAAAGCGGCCUCGUUUGCUCCAGAUACACCGGCAGCUGAUAGUAGACUUGAAGAUAGUACUGCAGACACAACUGAAGGACAGAAGAAGAGUAACAGUGAAGAUGACACAAUCCUGGAGGAUGAUAGCGACAAUUUCCAGUCUUUCCCUUCCCCCUCAGACGAGAAUCACGGUGAUGGGACGGACGACGACAAGUUGGAAUCACCACUAUCAGCAAAGCCAGUAUCGCCGCCGUCCGCCAAGUCUGGUUCCCAGCAUACAACAACUUUGGAAUCACCAGUGUCAACCACGGCUGGAUCAUCACCUCACAAUUCCAACAUGGAUGAGAGCCCGGCUGUGCAUGCAGCCGAGAGUCCAGCCGCAGGUUCAAUAGGAACACCGUCCAGCAGUGCAUCCAAAAGCCCAGCAGAGAGUUCAAUUAGAAGUGAAGCAGAGAGCCAAAGCCAAACUCUGUUGAAGAGCGCCAAAACUCCAGCCAGGAGGGCAAACAAGUCGAAGAAUUCUGUCAUAACAAGACAGCAGACGCCUGCCAAACGAGCAGCCAAUGGAUCGGUCAAGUCAAUUGAUUCUGCACAAAGCUCCAUUGCUAGUGGACGGGCCGAGGAAAUGACACCGGAAGAGGAAGUUCCUCCUGCAACCGAUCGUGGGCAUUCGACCGAGAAGUCCACAAAGAGCUCGCAGACGCAACCAAGCAGCACGCGCAACAGAGAUGCCCAUGCACUCGGAGGCUUGGCUAGAAUGGCAACUGGAGUAAUCGACAGGUCUGCUGACAGCGACGGCGCAAGCUACAACGGCGAUGUUCCAAUCCGUGCAUCAAUGACAUCCGCUGGCUCCAGUUCCCCAAGAGUCAACUUGGAAAAGGCAAAGUUCUACGAUCAGGAAGACCAAGCGAGCAAGGUCGGAUCUUCCUCGGGCUCUGUGCGAUCUAGUGGAAGUCCAUUCUCGAAUGCAAGCUCUCACCAGGGCUCACAAUCAGCGCCAUUCCCCGUACCCAGUGGGAGCCCAGGUUCAAUUCAGAGCCCACAUUCGAGUACCAGCUCUCGUUGGUAUCAUUACGACAAUCGUCCAGAUAGCCUUCAAAAUCUGCCAUCGUUGCACAAACGAGGAAAAUACGGGAGGCUAUUCAAGUUUCCUCCUCGAUGCCCAGAAGGAGCCUUUCCCGAAAGUCAAGUUUGA